UUUAAUGCCUACUUCUUGCAUGUCCAAAAACUUCGAAAUGCCGACAAGAGAACACGUUUCUUGUGGCCUUUCUUAUCAUAAUGUUACUGACAUUUAUGAUGCUUUGGGAAAUGCUUCACAAUCAGGCUAUACUUUUAUUGUUACACCCAUUGCCCAUCCAAGGUUUCGCAGAGAAUUUCUUGGUGGUAAAGCUCAUCAGAGACAAGGAGCAUUUACAAGAUCUGAUUUAGUGUUGAGCAGUCAUGAUUGGAGUAACCUAAUUGUUGGUAAGAUUUCUCCAUGGAUUAAUUUAGAUUCACCAGUUUUAGAAGCUCGGCAAAAUUCAGAAAGGGCUUUGGAACAAGAAAUGAACUAUGCUGCACAUCUUUGCUUGCCGGCAAUAGUAAUUUCUCUCAGAGAUUCAAAUUGUGUCAACCUAGCUCGUCAUGUAUAUUCUAAAAUUUUGGGAUCUGGUGGACAUCAGCCUACCUAUAAUGUGUGGAUACAUGUUCCAAUGAAGGCUGCUGAAGAUGAAUCAAAAAUAUUUAUUAAUUCUCUGUGCAAUGGUGUUGGCGAUGCUGAUGCAGAGUCACUUGAAGUAGAAUCCAAGGUUGACACUUGGGAAUGGUGGAAUACUUUCAGAUCAGUAUGUAAUACUGACAGGAAAGUUUGCUUAGCUUUAGAAUUGAGUGAAGAUCUUCCUAAUUAUAUGGAAAUUCAAAGGUGGCUUGGUGAGCCAAUAAAAUGUGUUUUUGUUAAAACCACAUUAUUUUCUACGAAUAAGAAAGGAUUUCCAGUUCUUUCUAGAGCACAUCAAGCUGUUUUGAAAAAAAUGUUUAAGGUUAGCAUCAAUAAGCUUGAUAUUCAAGUGGUAAUUUGUGGUAGCAAUAAACAUAGCAACAUCAGGCACUAUCAUCAAUACAUGGAUCAUUUAUGGACUACUCAAGACCCUGAUGAUGCUUUGUCAAGUUAUGCUAAAGGAUACGAAGAUUUCUUACAAAUUCCAUUACAACCUUUGAUGGAUAAUUUAGAAUCAAAUACCUACGAAAUAUUUGAAAAGGAUCCAACAAAAUAUACAGAGUAUCAGAGGGCUAUCCACUGUGCAUUAUUAGACAAAGUUAGUGAAGAAGAAAAAGAUACAAAGACAAUUGUGUUGAUGGUUGUUGGUGCUGGCAGAGGACCUUUAGUUAGAGCAGCUUUGGCUGCAGCAAAAAAUGCUCGACGUUUAGUAAAAGUAUAUGCAGUUGAAAAAAAUCCAAAUGCCAUUGUGACAUUAUGUGCACAACAAAAUGAAAUGUGGGGUGAUCAAGUUACUGUUGUUCCCUGUGAUAUGCGAGAAUUUAACCCACCCGAGAAAGCAGAUAUCCUUGUAUCUGAGCUUCUGGGUUCUUUUGGAGACAAUGAAUUGUCCCCUGAAUGCUUAGAUGGUGCUCAAAAGUUUCUUAAAGAGGAUGGUAUCAGCAUUCCAUCCAGCUAUACAAAUUAUGCAGUUCCUGUUAGUGCUCCUAAGUUAUUUAGUGAAAUAGGUGCUAUGCGUGAAAAGGAUAAACCAGCUUCUGCCUUAUAUGAAAUGUCAUAUGUUGUACAUUUGCACAAUCACACACCUUUGUCUACUCCACAACCAUUGUUCACAUUUUUUCAUCCUAAUAGAGUUGAAGUUCCAAAUAAUACAAGAUAUGGAAAACUAACUUUUAAAAUCCCUUACAAUUGUGUUGUUCAUGGAUUUGCUGGAUAUUUUGAUACUGUUCUGUAUAAAGAUAUUAAACUGAGCAUUCUUCCAUCAACUCAUUCCCCCGGUUUAUUUAGUUGGUUUCCAAUUUUUUUCCCACUAAAAGACUCAGUAUAUGUUGGUUCAAAUCAAGAGUUGGAUGUCCAUUUCUGGAGAUGUGUUUCACCUCGAAAUGUGUGGUAUGAAUGGAUGGUUACCAAACCUGUUAUUGGGGCUAUUCAUAAUCCAGGAGGAAGGUCUCACACUAUAGGACUUUAAUUGUUAGUUAACUAAUUUUUGAAGUCGAUGCUUUUAUAUUGUCAUUUGUCAUUGUAAGUCUCCAUUUUUAGUUUUAUAAAUAAAAAAGCAUUUUUGAUUUUUAGAGCAUUUAUUCAUAUGUAUUAUUUCCCAAGAAGGAUAUGUGUGCUUAUAUUGGUAAGAAGUUUUGUAUAGUAUUUUUUAAAUAAGUAAUUGUCAGUCAUUCACCAAAAAAUAGAUGAGGAGUGACAGAAACAAA